ACCGCUCCUGUUCCUCAUCUGGCCAACAUGGCGGCCGACACAGACGACAGUAAAUAUUUUGUGAGAGAAAUUGAGAAAAAUGACGGCCGUGCCUUAAAAGUGAGACAGUGUUACAUUGGGGACGUCGGUUGUGUGGUCUGGGAUGCAGCUAUCGUUCUUGCGAAAUAUUUGGAGACAAAGCAGUUUUACGACCCCGCCUCUGAAGUCAACGUGUGGUCUGGCAGCACGGUGGUGGAACUGGGGGCUGGAACCGGAGUGGUUGGUCUAAUGGCAGCAACCCUCGGAGCUCAGGUUUUCGUCACAGACCUGGAAGAUUUGCAGACCCUUCUGACCCUAAACAUCCAAGAAAACCAGGCACUCGUCAGUAGUGGGUCCAUAACUGCCAAGGUACUGAAAUGGGGUGACGAUGUGUCCGAGUUCUUGCCCCCUCCUCAUUAUAUCCUUAUGGCAGAUUGCAUCUAUUAUGAGCAGUCAAUUGUUCCGCUGGUGGAGAGUUUGAAGCUGCUCUCUGGACCUGAGACUUGCAUUAUUUGCUGCUAUGAGCAACGCACCGAAGGCGUCAAUCCAGAGGUGGAGAGGCGUUUUUUUGAGUUGCUGGAGCAAAACUUUAGCACUGAGAAAAUCCCCUUUGACAAACAGGACCAAGAGUUCAGAAGUCCAGACAUUCACAUCCUGCACAUUAGAAGAAAAGUUUAACUUUUUUUGUGACUUGCCUUAAUUAAUGUGAUGAUAACACAUUAAACAUGUUAAGGAAAAUUUAGAAUAUCUAUUCAUCUUGCAUAAGAUACUUGGAUACAUUUUUACAUAAUGUUUUUACCGGGAAUUGAUUCAUUCUGUAGAAAUUCAAUAUUGUUGGAUUGAUUUUUCUGAGCAGAUGUAUUCAUGUAUUUCUGUUUUUUAAAUAUUUGAAUAAUAAAUGUAUGCAGAA